GCUGCAGGACACCGUCCCAGUCGGCUGAGCCGCUACUGGUUCCUGUGAGCAAUGAGAGUUCAGAUCCUGGUGCCAAGUCAUCAUUUUUUUGGACCAGGCAGUGGGUGUUGACCUGACCUGAGCUACCUUUUCGUUUGGUUUUAGUUGAACUUUGAGUAGGCCAGGGGCUAGGGAAGUCACGGCGGGGGCCGUGGAAAAGGCAGCUGAUUCUUCAACUCGGGCAACCCUGGCGAAGUGGAUGAGGUGGAGCUGGCCUUCCUGGAAUUGUUGGGCCGAUUUUCCUGUUGUGUUUCACUGUCGACGCUCUCACAGACACACAGGACCGCUCCAGCACUGCCUGCCACCCACCAUCUGGUCUCGGUGGCCUGUCUGUCAUUUCGUGGGUCCCCAUCCUCUGCCUACGGCGAUGUUUCUUCAAAAAGAACUAGUGUGCAGUCCAUUGAUAGCUGAUCGGCUUCCUUGGAUUUUGCUGAUGACACAGGAGAGCUUUGCCUGAAGAUGGAAACACUGGAGUCGGAGCUGACCUGCCCUAUUUGUCUGGAGCUCUUUGAGGAUCCCCUCCUGCUGCCCUGUGCACACAGCCUCUGCUUCAACUGUGCCCACCGCAUCCUAGUGUCACACUGUGCCACCAACGAGUCUGUGGAGUCCAUCACCGCCUUCCAGUGUCCCACCUGCCGGCAUGUCAUCACGCUUAGCCAGCGAGGUCUAGACGGGCUCAAGCGCAACGUCACCCUGCAGAACAUCAUCGACAGGUUCCAGAAAGCAUCAGUGAGUGGGCCCAACUCCCCCAGUGAGACCCGCCGGGAGCGGGCCUUUGACGCCAACACCAUGACCUCCGCCGAGAAGGUUCUCUGCCAGUUUUGUGACCAGGAUCCUGCCCAGGACGCUGUGAAGACCUGUGUCACUUGCGAAGUGUCCUACUGUGACGAGUGCCUGAAAGCCACUCACCCGAACAAGAAGCCCUUUACAGGCCAUCGUCUGAUUGAGCCAAUUCCGGACUCACACAUCCGGGGGCUGAUGUGCUUGGAGCACGAGGAUGAGAAGGUGAAUAUGUACUGCGUGACAGAUGACCAGUUAAUCUGUGCCUUGUGUAAACUGGUUGGGCGGCACCGAGAUCAUCAGGUGGCAGCUUUGAGCGAGCGCUAUGACAAAUUGAAGCAAAACUUAGAGAGUAACCUCACCAACCUUAUUAAGAGGAACACGGAACUGGAGACCCUUUUGGCUAAACUCAUCCAAACCUGCCAACAUGUUGAGGUCAAUGCAUCACGUCAAGAAGCCAAAUUGACAGAAGAAUGUGAUCUUCUCAUUGAGAUCAUUCAGCAAAGAAGACAAAUUAUUGGAACCAAGAUCAAAGAAGGGAAGGUGAUGAGGCUUCGCAAACUGGCUCAGCAGAUUGCAAACUGCAAACAGUGCAUUGAGCGGUCGGCAUCACUCAUCUCUCAGGCGGAACACUCUCUGAAGGAGAAUGAUCAUGCCCGAUUCCUCCAGACUGCUAAGAAUAUUACUGAGAGAGUCUCCAUGGCAACUGCGUCCUCCCAGGUCCUAAUUCCUGAAAUCAACCUCAAUGACACAUUUGAUACCUUUGCCUUAGAUUUCUCCCGAGAGAAGAAAUUGCUAGAAUGUCUGGAUUACCUUACAGCUCCCAACCCUCCCACAAUUAGAGAAGAGCUCUGCACGGCUUCAUACGACACCAUCACUGUGCACUGGACCUCUGAUGAUGAAUUCAGUGUGGUCUCCUAUGAGCUCCAGUACACCAUAUUCACCGGACAAGCCAAUGUCAUUAGUCUGUGUAACUCGGCCGAUAGCUGGAUGAUUGUGCCCAACAUCAAGCAGAACCACUACACGGUGCACGGUCUGCAGAGCGGCACCAAGUACAUCUUCAUGGUCAAGGCCAUCAACCAGGCAGGCAGCCGCAGCAGCGAGCCUGGGAAGUUGAAGACAAACAGUCAACCAUUUAAACUGGAUCCUAAAUCUGCUCAUCGAAAACUGAAGGUGUCCCAUGAUAACUUGACAGUAGAACGUGAUGAGUCAUCAUCCAAAAAGAGUCACACGCCUGAACGCUUCACCAGCCAAGGGAGCUACGGAGUAGCUGGAAAUGUGUUUAUUGAUAGUGGCCGGCAUUAUUGGGAAGUGGUCAUAAGUGGAAGCACAUGGUAUGCCAUUGGCCUUGCUUAUAAAUCAGCCCCAAAGCAUGAGUGGAUUGGGAAGAACUCUGCCUCCUGGGCGCUCUGCCGCUGCAACAAUAACUGGGUGGUGAGACACAAUAGCAAGGAAAUCUCCAUCGAACCAGCCCCUCACCUGCGGCGCGUUGGCAUCCUGUUGGACUAUGACAACGGCUCUGUCGCCUUUUACGAUGCUUUGAACUCCAUCCACCUCUACACCUUCGAGGUCGCCUUUGCGCAGCCCGUGUGCCCCACCUUCACCGUGUGGAACAAGUGUUUGACGAUUAUAACUGGGCUUCCUAUCCCAGACCAUUUGGACUGCACAGAGCAGCUGCCAUGAGCAUCUGGCCACAUGGAGCUGUUUUCUGGGGAAUAGAAAGGUUGAGGCCACUAGUUAGGUGACUGAGAAAACACAGGCUUCAAGAGUAUGGUUAAAUGUCACCAAAAAAGUGUCCAGAAAUCAGCUAAGAUAGGGCUCAAGACAGGAGAUUCCUCUCCUUUUACUGUGUUUCGUAUUAAGUACAGGCUUUAAUAAUUUCUUUAAUUUUUUUGUAUUUAGAGGAAAAUCUAUAGAUUAUUUAUAAGAGAAACAUAAUCAGGACUACAACUCUUAGGAACUAUUUGGUUUUGCACAUGAAGAGGCCCAUAUGUUUGCCAGCUAUUUACAACCUUUAUUUCAUCACAGUCUAUGGGCUUGCAAAAAAAAAAAUCUUUUGUAGUUUUGUAUGUUUAUUCACCUUCUCACAUAAUAUCUCAUACUGACCCCAUGGUAGGUCCUGUCACCUCAACAGUGCAUAACAGAGUAUGCCUGAACCUAGUAGGAAAGUAAACAGGAUUUCUUACUCUGGUUUAAUUUGAAGUGUUUUAACUGUGAUGUCAGAACUUGUAUUGGAUCAACUAGAAUGGAGAGCAAGAGAGAGAACAAAAGAAUUGAUUUUGGACCUCAGACCUUGCCGUGGCUAAAUCUUUAAUUACCCUCUGACGGCUGGUGGGACGAUGUUGGAAAAAAAGGUUCUGAAACCUUUGGCCAGAUUUUUCCCUGCUUCUCCCAGAGUUAAGGAUUCUGGGAGAACAGUAAGAAUGAGAUUGCAAUUGAAAAUAGUCAUUUUGAACCCUACUGAUUAUUCAAAACUUAAGGCUGAUUUGUGUUUUGUCAGAAGUAGGAUUUUGUUUCAUGGUAUAAAAUCUAUUUUAUCCUUCCUUUUAGUAGUUCCUUUAGACCUAUAAAAUUUCUUCAGUACAUUCAAUAAUUGUCCUAUUUUCCCCUUCCCCAUAUCAAUUUUCCUUUUGUCUCUGGGGCUGAGGAGGUAAGCAUGAUCUGUCACAAAAUGCAGCACCAUUUUGGAUUGAUUUUUGCUCUCUAAGACAUCAGCACAUAGCCCCAAUCACCACUACCAUAUCCAAAUAUGUCACCGAAAAACACUUAAUAUUUAUGAGUUGAUAAUGACAAGGGACAUUGCAUAAAUUCUAUUCACUAGAUACAUGCCUCUCAAAAGUUAUUAUAAACAGACCUUUAUUAAAUAUAUCUUGAAAGAUGUAGAUGUCCCUCUAUAGUCUAGUAUAGUUUACAAUAGAGUUGUAAGACAAAAGAAAAUUCAGACUCGUUAUUUGGGAACCUGCUAAUAGAACCUACUAAUAAAAUGUCAGAUGGGAUGGAUUUUUUGCAUGGUGAUCUGUCACGUUGGAAUGGUUCAAGAAUUAAGGCUUUUUUGAGUGGUCAUUGGACCAGGACUCUGGCAUUGGUUCUACCUUGAUGAAGGGUGUGACCUUUAAAAAUGGUUUCUAUUGCUAAAAUAUUUACUUGGGAUACUGGGUCAGCCAUUUUGACUGAACAGACUGGAUUUAGGCAUUGUUUUUAGUGAUUUUUUUUUUAACCAAAUCAACCAAUCGCUUCCCUGAAAUAAGUUGAUGAACCUGUCGUUUCAGCAUCACAUGGCCAAAGUUCAUGUGAUUGUGAAUCUAGACUACCAGGGAGGCCAAGCCAGCUUCCCGUGUCCUUCCAUCCUCUUCCCUGGCAGACACUCUCCUUUUUCUUAACAGAUUCUAUAUAUUUACUAUAUUAUUUAUACCCAGAUGAAUAUUUUGAUAGCUACUUAAGACAAUUUCACAUCUAAAAGAUGGACACCUCAAUGGAAAAAAAUGUUAAUCAUUCUCUGGAAACUUUAUGGGAUUUUUUUCUUUUUUUUUACAAUAUAAGAACAAUGUGUAUUUGCCUUCCCUGAAUAAACUGAAAGGGUUGUCUCAGUAAUUUUUACAUACAUUUUGGGUAACUGGAUAAUGGAUAUUUUAAUGCACUUUGUACAUUAACAGGUUCUAAAUAAAACGGUCUAAAACUCAGCUUCUGAGUUUUUAAAAUCAUGGUCUCCAGGUACCAAUAAAUGCUACAGUUUGCCUUAUGAUGUUAACAUAAAACAUUUACUAGAAGGACAAUAUUUCCAUGAAAAUAAUGUUUUCCAAUAUAAAGAAGUUACUACUCAAAUUUUCACUACAAGCCAUUUAGGGUAUGUUUUUGGCUAUUUUUAUAAGGACACAAGAGAUUCUGUUAUAAUUUUGUUGUGGAAGUCUCACUCUUGGCUAACUUAAAAACAUGUGGAUAGUAGCAGUCACUAUUUACAGGAAAAUAUGUAUAUGGUGAAAGGCCACAGUGUUUACGUUAAUUACUGUAAUGAUGUAGAAAGAUUUCCAUGUGGAUUUUUUUUUUUGAAAGUCUAAAAAAUAUAUGCUGUAAACAUUUGCUGCCGUGUAACUUUGCAUUAUCUUUAAAUGAAUUGGGAUCAUGGUAUUUUAGGUCCUCAUUUCACAGGAAGCAUCGCAUUACAAGGGCAAAAGAGAUGGCAGUGCCAAUUAAGUUAAUACAAUAAAAUUGAUGCAGCGCCAACCAAGACUGCCAGGUCCGGCAUCACGGGUGUGCCCAGAGCCCAGGGUUCAGAAGGGCCCUAAGCGCGGUUUAACGCUCUGCUAUUGCUAUCUUGAAAUUCUUAAUAAAUUUUGAGCAAGGGGCCUGCAUUUUCGCUUUGCACUGGGCCUUGCAAAUUUAUGUAGCCAAUACUCAGAACAGAACCCAGAAACACGGUACCUGUCUUCCUGGCGGAUAUGUAUACAGAAACCUGGAUCCAAAGCUGAAAGUGGCUGGCUACAUCAUUGGAGUAAGAAUCUAAAUGGUGGAUUAAGAUAAGGGUGGGCCUGGGUGAAGAUUUUUUUCCAGCUUUAAAAGAAAGUGACUUCAAAAACUGACUGCAAGUAUUGAUGAUGAUUUCUGCUGGAGAAAAGGAAACAGCCUGAAUACAAACAGGCUUUUUAUUCCGGUACUGAUGUAUAGACCUUAAACUUCCCGAGGAACUGAACUAGCGCCCUCCAGUGAACGUGGAAUUCCAUCCCAGCUCCACACACAUAUGCAAAUAACUGCAGAGACACACGCAUAUAUGCUCACAUGCAUGUGCAUUUGGUGUUGGGAAGUUGACAAUCUGGUCUACUUUAAUAAAAUGUUAAAAAGCAUACCAAGACAAUGGUGAGAACAGGAGGAUGUUUUUGAAAACAGUGCUUCUCAACCAGGGCUCCAUUUUGCCCCCCAGGAGACAUUUGGCAACAUCUGGAGUCAAUUUUGUUCAUCACAACUGGGGAAAGGAAGCUACCGGCAUCUAGUGGCUAAAGGUCAUGGACGCUGUUAAACAUCCUACGGGGCACAGCGCAGCCCCACCACAAAGUUAUCUAGUCCCAAAUAUCAAUAGUGCCGCAGUUUAGAAACUGUUGGUCAGGGAUUUUUUUAAAUGCAAAACUCUCAUAAAUACCUUUUAUUUUUCUGUAAUUGAUGAAGAAGGAGGGGGCACCAAUUCAAAACUCUCAAUGCAGUGGCUCCUCCACCUUUCAAAAUAGUUACAAAAAUCUGAAAUCUGAAAAGCAAUCCAAACCUUUGUAAAUGGGAUCACUGAUAAGUAUCAUAAUCUGGAUGAGCUUAGUUUGGAAAUGGAAAGUUGGUUCUCUUUAUGCCACUCCUUGCACCCGGACAAAUUCAAUCUCUGGUACUUGAGUCACACUGCCAAGCCCUUAGCCCAGACUAUUGUCUUAAUUGCUGUUGCUUUCUAGUUUAAAAUAAAAUCAUUUUUGUGACACCAAGA